CUGCGUGGGGUUAGUGAUUUGACAGAAACGGAGUCGUGAUGAUCCUAUCCAGCCGUGGGUGGCUAGCUGCUUUUAUUUACCUUGACUGAGCUUCUUGUUAUUUCUGUUCGCAGCGGGUUGACAGUCCUCACGCCUGGUGGGGAAUUCGUUUUAUUUCGAGGUGCGUGUGUAGAAACACCCACCUCAGAUCCCCCUUCUUUUAUGCCCAAACGUCGUUUUUUUCUUCUUUUCUCUUUUCCCAAGCUGCUAGCAACCCAGCACAGCACAACGGGUGGGGUGGAUUUUCUACACCUCGGCCCUCGGAAAAGCGAAUAUAUAACGUCGCGGGAGCCACGCUAUGCUGUGGAACAAUGACAAGCGAAGGGAACAGAACUGAGGAAGAAGAGCUUCUUGAAGGGGGAGAUGUGUCAGCAGAGAAGAAUCUGAUGAACCAUCAAUAAAAAGCGAGGAAGCAAAGUGUUUUGGAGAUGGAUUUAAAAACGGCGGUGUUCAACGCAGUGCGGGAUGGAAAACUCCGUUUGCUUCAGAAACUCUUGGAGAACAAAGAUGGACACGAAGUGAUCAAGCUGAUGGGCGAGAAGACGAACGGAGCCACCCCGCUCCUCAUGGCCGCCCGCUACGGGCACCUGGAGCUGGUGGAGUACCUGCUGGAGUGCUGCAGUGCCCCCGUGGAGGUCGGCGGGUCGGUGAGCUUCGACGGGGAGACCAUCGAGGGAGCGCCCCCCCUGUGGGCCGCCUCGGCGGCGGGUCACCUGAAAGUGGUGCAGUCUCUGCUGGGUCACGGAGCCUCAGUGAACAGCACGACCCUCACCAACUCCACACCUCUGAGGGCAGCCUGCUUCGACGGCCACCUGGACAUAGUGAAGUACCUGGUUGAGCACAGCGCUGACCUGGAGGUGGCGAACAGACACGGGCACACGUGUCUGAUGAUUUCCUGCUACAAGGGUCACAAAGACAUAGCGCAGUACCUGCUGGAGAAAGGCGCAGAUGUCAAUAGGAAAAGUGUUAAAGGCAACACGGCGCUCCAUGACUGUGCGGAGUCGGGCAGUCUUGAGAUCAUGCAAAUGUUGCUACAGUACGGUGCGACCAUGGAGCAGGACGCCUACGGCAUGACGCCCAUCCUUUCUGCCAGUGUAACAGGCCACACCAACAUCGUGGACUACCUGACGACGCUCCCUCAGACGAGCCACACGAAACGCAUCGAUGCCCUGGAGCUCUUAGGAGCCACGUUUGUUGACAAGAAAAGAGAUCUGCUCGGAGCCUUGAAAUAUUGGAAGAGAGCGAUGGACCUCAGAUACGUGGACAGUAACAGCAUAGUUCACAAACCGGAGCCCAAGCACUUGGUCAUGGCAUAUGACUACGCCAGAGAGGUGACAAACGCCGAGGAGCUGGACAGUUUGAUCUCUGACCCAGAUGAGAUGCGCAUGCAGGCUCUGCUCAUUCGCGAGAGGAUCCUCGGGCCGCAGCAUCCCGACACGUCCUACUACAUCCGUUACCGAGGGGCCGUCUACGCCGAUUCAGGAAACUUUGAACGCUGCAUCAACCUGUGGAAAUAUGCGCUGGAAAUGCAGCAGAGCAACCUGGACCCCCUCAGUCCCAUGACGGCGUCCAGCCUGCUGUCGUUCGCGGAGCUCUUCUCCUUCAUGCUGCAGGACAGAGCCAAAGGGCUGCUGGGGACCUCCGUGUCUUUUGAAGACUUGAUGGGAAUACUGUCAAAGAGUGUGAUGGAGAUUGAGCGGGCGAUCAAACAAAGCGGACCCAUGCCUCCUGACCCAGCUCAGCUCAGCAAAGCCCUCUCCAUUAUUCUGCACCUAAUUUGUCUUUUAGAGAAGGUGCCGUGCACUGCAGAACAGGACCAUUUCAAGAAGGAAACCAUCUAUAGAUUUUUGAAGCUUCAGCCAUGUGGCAAGAACGGUUACAGCCCUCUGCACCUGGCAGUCGACCGCAACACCACCUGCGUGGGCCGCUAUCCCGUCUGCAAGUUCCCCUCCCUCACGGUGGCUUCAAUCCUCCUCGAGUGUGGGGCUGACGUCAACAGCAAAGAUGAAGAUGACAACAGCCCCCUCCAUAUAGCUGCAUCCAACGGUCACCCUGACAUUAUGAACUUGCUGAUUUCCAACGGGACUCACUUUGACAGCACUAACGCCUUCCAACAAACAGCCUGCGAUCUCCUGGAUGAGAAGGAGCUGGCCAGGAAUGUCAUCCAGCCCAUCAACCACACCACGCUGCAGUGCCUAGCUGCCAGGGCUAUCGUCAAGCACAGCCUUGCUUACCAAGGAAACAUUCCCGAGAAGCUGGAGGCCUUCAUUUUGCUCCACAGAUAAUGAUUGUGAAGGAGGCGGUUGGGUUGAACAGACGAAGACGGCGGAAGGGCGACUGCUCCCAGUGGACCGAUCCCAUGGAGGAACAGGAGGGACACUCAGGAGUGGGCUUAAGCGGCUGAAUGACAACUCUAUGGGUUAUCUCUGUUUGGAGGGUGUUCACUUGAAUUGUGUGCAUGAGAUUUCCUCAUUUAUGUGCGAUGGAUUUAAAAAAGAAAAAAGAAAAAAGAUCAGCUUGAAUGAAUCAACUUUUACAUUGACAAAGCUGCAGUUCUCAUUGGUUGCGGCUAAACUUGUGGGACGUUUAUUAGGAGCUUGUUGCAACAUGGACGAACAGUUGUGUCUAGAUGAACUGAGCAGAGGGUUUUUGGUUUUUUUUUCUCCUCAACUAAAUGAUUUUUUUCCUUUUUGCCUAUUUCACAAUGCUAUUUAUUAAAUGACACUUGAGAGAUUUUUCUCCAUGCUGGCUCCAACCCGGUUUCAACAUCGUCUGCUUCAGCUCUCAAAGCAGCCUGGAGGCAUGUAUGCUGGGACUUCAGGUUUUUUUCUUUUUUUCUUUGCUCGUCUCACCACUGUUGCCAACAGUCUUGCACCCCUCCCUCCUCGGUCACCAACAGGAUUCUCUUUUACUAUCUUAUAGGUCAUACAGAUCAGGAUAUCAGAUAUCAUUUUCCAUUUUUGUGUUUAAAGCUUUAUCAGAUGGGAUUUAGAGUGUGUGUGUGAGUGAAUGAACACCAUAAGUGCUUUAUCCUUCCUAUGCACAGGCUGGGCUGUUGGAAAAGGACUUGUGUUCUGAGCCGGCAUCGUCUGUGCAAUACGGUGUUUGUGUUUACCUCAUUGCUGCGGUGUACUUCGGUAUCUUCACUCAAUAGGGUGGGGUUGCAAAACCAUCGUGCUGAUCGUCGUAGGAGGAGCGAAUGCGUCGGGAUGACUGUGUUUGUGCGAGCGAGUGACGUGCGGCCCGUGCUUCUUGUAUGCAGUUUGCAGAGAGCUGGCUCGUACACUGAAGUGACCUCGACCUUCACGUGUGGCUGACCGUUGAUGCCAUUUUUUUUUUUUUCUUUUUCUUAAAUCCUUAUGAAGACAAACUCGGGGUGGCUUGCCAAUCUCUGCCCACUGUGCAUGUGCAGCAGUGUACAACCAAAUAGUCAUAUCAGACGCGCUUUGGUGACGACUCCUAGGAAAACUCUUUGUGGUUUUUUUCAAACCAUCACAAGCAAGUGUGUGUGUGUGUGUGCGUGUGUGUGUGUGUGUGUGAGUGAAUGCUCCGAAGGAAGCUCUGUGAAUGACCUUGUUUGCACAUAAACUUCGGAUGUGUGGGUUGAUGAAAGGGCUUUUCGUAAUUUGCAAGAUUUCAUAUUGCAGUUGGAAGAAGUAAAAACAGACCAACUAAAUGUAAAAAAAAAAAAACACCCAGGGCAACCUGAUUUUGAAAUCUGCACUUUACAACAGCAGACUUUGACAUUUGAUAUGGCAUUAAUUCAAUUCAUGUCUUAACUACUAGUUGACAAUAAACCCAUGUUGCACAAAUGC